AUUGAUCUCGUGCUCAUGUUCUUCCGAGUUGUCUGCUUCGUUUUUGUAUAAAAGUUAUCUUGACCACAACUCAAGUCUGAACUCCAGAGAGAGAGACAGAGAAAGAAUAACUAACGAGACAUUGAACUGAAAGAAAGAAAAAUGCAGAGUCUCCAGACUAGAACAGUUCAAGUAGGACAUGUCUCAGAUCUAGCAGGUGAAAGAGAGAUUGCUGAGUUUUUCUCAUUUUCUGGAGAUAUUGAACGGAUCGAGAUCCUUGGUGUUGGGCAGUCAAAGACGGCAUUCGUCACUUUUAAAGAUCCAAAAGCGCUUGAAAUUGCGUUAUUGUUAUCGGGAGCAACAAUUGUAGACCAGAUUGUUAGUAUAACACCAGUUGAAAAUUAUGCACCAAAAGUGGAAGAACGAGUAAUAACGAUAGUGGAUGACGAGAAUGUACCCAUGGUGCCGGGUGACAACUUAUAUUCAAAUACGGAGACAAGAAGUAACUCUCCUAACAGUGGACGGGUAUACGUCAAUAAAGCUCAAGAUGUUGUUUCAAGUAUGCUGGCUAAGGGUUCAGCCAUUGGUCAAGAAGCUGUAAGCAGGGCAAAAGCAUUUGACGAGAAGCAUCAGUUGAGAGCCAGUGCAUCUGCCAAGGUGGUUUCAUUUGAUCGGAGGGUUGGGCUGACUGAGAAAUUGACAGUUGGAAUCUCUGUGGUCAAUGAGAAAGUAAAGUCUGUGGAUCAAAGAUUGCAGGUGUCGGAUAAAACAUUAGCCGCCAUAACUGCAGCAGAGCGCAAGUUGAAUGACACAGGCUCAGCUGUUAAAACAAGCAGGUACGUAACUGCAGGAGCAGCAUGGUUCAGUGGUGCUUUCAGCAAGGUUGCUAAGGCUGGACAAGUUGCGGGUACAAAGACUAGAGAAAAAUUUCAGCUAGCUGUAUCAAACUUAAAUUCAAAUGACCCUAUUGCUGCAUAAAACUUCAUUGUGCCGAAAAGUUGCUCGUUGGGAAUAUUUUUCCAAGGAAUAUGAUCUAGUACCCCCUUAAAGUCUUCCAACAAUUGAUUAUCGCAAAGUUAGAAAUUUGAAGGUACAUUGUAUACCAGUCAUGAUUGAAGAUUUGUGUGUCUGUGUCUGUGUCAUUAGACUGCUGUUAAGGUCUGCAGAGUUGGGUAUACAGUAUAAGUUAGUUUAUAAAUUCAUUCCAUUAUUUGUUUGUUUUCUUUUUCAGGGGGGUGGGUGUAUUAUAGUCUUCCCUGCAUUUUUCUGUAUGUAAACAUCACAUUUGUUAAUGAAAACACCUCCGCCUCUUCUAUCAGUUGAGCUUCAAUAUU